CCCGCACAAUCCACUCCGUCUUUGCGAUUUCGAACUUUUCUGCGGCCCACUCGAAAUUAUUUCCCUUCUUCAGUCACUACUAACCCACAGCACAACAGCUUUUCCCUUCCCCAUCGACUCCCUUUUCAAUUACAAAAGAGUCACCGUCAAGAUGGGUAUUGAUCUCGACCGCCACCACGUGCGCAGCACCCACCGAAAGGCGCCCAAAAGCGACAAUGUCUACCUCAAGCUCUUGGUGAAGCUGUACCGCUUCCUAGCCCGCCGAACGGACUCGGACUUCAACAAGGUCGUCCUUCGCCGCCUUUUCAUGUCCCGCAUCAACCGACCCCCCGUCUCCCUUUCUCGCGUCAAGAGCCAGAUCCCUAAGGAGGAUGAGGGCAAGAUCGUCGUUGUUGUUGGUACCAUCACCGACGACAACCGCCUCCUCACGGUCCCCAAGGUUUCCAUCGCCGCUCUGCGAUUUACCGCCACCGCCCGUGCCCGCAUUCUUGCCGCCGGUGGUGAGGCAUUGACCCUCGACCAGCUGGCUCUCCGCGCCCCUACCGGCAGCAACACCCUGCUGCUCCGCGGCCCCAAGAACGCCCGUGAGGCUGUUAAGCACUUCGGCUUCGGCCCCCACAAGCACAAGAAGCCAUACCUCGAGUCCAAGGGCCGCAAGUUCGAGAAGGCCCGCGGUCGCAGACGGUCAAGGGGUUUCAAGGUCUAAGAAAAAAAUGGUGUGGGUUAGGUCUUGUGUUGCGUCUCUUCCGAUAUACCACGAAUACAGUUCUCAACUGGAAGAGGGUUACGCUACUUCAGGAGUGGUUUAUGCAUGGCUCGGCGUGAUACGGGAUUACAGAAUCAAUUCAUACAGAAUUGAGAUGCUUUGCCACUUUUCUGAUAACGAUCGUACGCUUUUUCCAGCCAAUUAUUGUGACUGACGAAUGCAUGAUAUUUUAAUAAAACUAAAAUAUUGCUACUGUAGGCAAAGUUGUGAAGUGUCGAGUAGCAGCGUAGAUUCCGGAGCGUUAAAUUCUCAUUGUUCACAUAAUACUUAACAAGCAGGGGGAAUUGCGAAAGACAGGCAUCACCUGACC